GGCUCGCACGUGGGCCCUCUCAGCCCCGCCUCCAGCCGGUACCCGAGCAGUGGCCGCGCCAUGGAGACCGGGUGCUGGCUCCUCGGCGGCGAUUUCGAGGACUCGGUGUUCGAAGAGAGGCGGGAGCGGCGACCUGGUUUGCCCGCGUCCUACCGCGCCAAGCGCUGCGAGCCGCAGUGGUUUUGUGAAGAAAUGGGGAGCACUGAUGAUGCUGAAACUCUAACUAUGAAGAAAUUCAAAGGGGACCUGGCCUACAGACGGCAAGAGUAUCAGAAAGCACUGCAGGAGUAUUCCAGCGUCUCUGAAAAAUUGCCAUCUACGAAUUUUGCCAUGAAAAGGGAUAUCCAGGAAGGCCAGGCUCGGUGUCUAGUUCACCUGGGAAGGCACCUGGAAGCACUGGAGAUUGCUACAAACUUGGAAAAUAAAGCAACUAACACAGACCAUUUAACCACUGUGCUCUACCUCCAGUUUGCAAUUUGUUCAAGUUUGCAGAAUUUGGAGAAAACAAUUUUCUGCCUACAAAAACUGAUUUCUUUGCAUCCUCUUGAUCCUUGGAGCUGGGGCAGAUUGGCAGAGGCUUACCUGAAUCUGGGGCCAGCUCUUUCAGCAUCGUGUCUGACAUCUCAGACCCAGAACCAUCUCACCUCAAGUGACAAAACUGUCAAAUCCUCCUUUCCACGCUCAGGAAAAGACAGUCUUUUGGGAUUCCCUGAAAUGCUGCCUGAGAGCUCUGUGUUUUCUCUGGGACCAAGUGGCAAUAGUAACCAGAAGAGUGGGAAAGCUCUUAAAAAUAUCCAAAACUGUAUGGCAGAAAAGAGAGAAGCGGUAUUGCUAGAGACUCAGAUGAAAGCAUGUGCCUCUUUUAUACGAACCAGGCUUCUGCUUCAGCUCACCCAGUCUCAGCAAACAUCAUUUGCUUUGGAGAGGAACUUAAGGACUCAGCAGGAAAUUGAAGAUAAGAUGAAACAGUUCAGCUUCAGAGAAGACACUUUGCUGUUGAUAGCUGAGACCUGGACCUCUACUCGCCACCGGCUUCUUUCUCCUCUUGCCAGGCACCAAGCUCACCCUUUCUUCAGGGCCCACCUUUCAUUUCUCUUUCACCGUUAUGGGAGAAGAUAUCGUCCCAGAAAAAAUAAAAGAUGAGGUUCACACAGAGGUGAAGUGUGUUGGUUCUGCAGCCCUGACUGCCUUGGUGAUUGCAUCCUCAAAAGAAUUUGAAGACAAGUGGUUCGGAAAGAUCAAACAGCAGUCCUGUCCCUUUGAAAAUGAGUUCCAUUCAGAGAUACAAAUCUUGGCUUAGUUGUCCCUUUAAAAAUAAAACAUC